CGAUGACGACACAGUGGGCGUGGCGUACAUACCGAACUACAAGGAAGCAGUGGCUGUGUGGGGCCGGCGCAGCGGUUUAUAGAGGAGUCAACCGUUGGUGAGCGACUCCUGCUGCGAGCGCCGGUCUCCGAAGUAGCUGGGCACCUUCAGCUUUGAUCGCUGCCGCGCUGCUGGUUCUGCUUGCUGCUCGUGUCAUCUACCUUGCUAGUCCAGUGCAAUGGAGAGCGGCGGGAGCGGGUCGGUGUCCGUGCGCGGAACCGGCCGAGAGAAAAAGAAAGGCAAGAAUGCUGACGAGUCUUCGGUAGCUGCAGUAGCAGGAGAGCCUGGUGGAAGCGGCGGCGGCGGUAAACCGCGGAAAUUCAACUUGAAGCGUGUAAUGGCAGAUGAGCUUGAAAGGUUCACCAGUAUGAGGAUAAAGAAGGAGAAGGAAAAACCCAAUACAACAUAUAGGAAUUCAUCUACUUCAUACUCAGAUAUUUCUGGGUCAGGUCAGACAUUGCAGGAUAUCUCUGAUGAAGAUGUGCUGGUUCUCUUUGAGCAGAUGCUGGUGGAUAUGAAUCUAAAUGAGGAAAAGCAGCAGCCUUUAAGGGAGAAAGACAUUAGUAUCAAGAGAGAAAUGGUGUCUCAGUACCUGCAUACUUCCAAAGCUGGCAUGAGUCAAAAGGAGAGCUCGAAGUCUCCUAUUAUGUAUAUUCAGGAACUAAAAUCUGGUCUUAAAGAUGCACAGCUUCUUGGAUGUUUAGAGUCUCUACGUGUGUCACUCAAUAACAAUCCUGUCAGCUGGGUGCAAAAUUUUGGAGCUGAAGGUCUGAAUUGCCUGCUGGACAUAUUGAAAGGUCUUCAUGAUGAGAAGGAUGAGUUUUCUGGGUCAUAUGACUUCAGGAUUGAACAUGAAAUUAUUAGAUGCUUAAAAGCUUUUAUGAACAACAAAUUUGGAAUUAAGACAAUGCUUGAAACAGAUGAUGGGAUUCUACUUUUGGCAAAAGCAGUUGAUCCUAAAGUCCCUACAAUGAUGAUUGACACUAUCAAGCUACUCUCUGCUCUCUGCAUCCUGCCUCAGCCUGUGGAUAUGCAUGAGCAAGUUUUGGGAGCAUUGACUGAACGUGCAGAAAUGGUUGAAGUAGAACGAUUUAAACCCAUUGUGGAUGGCCUGAAAAGUGGAACUUCAGUGGCAUUAAAGGUAGCUUGUUUACAGUUGAUCAAUGCUCUAAUCAUCCCAUCAGAUGAGCUUGACUUCAGAGUGCACAUCCGCAGUGAAUUAAUGCGCUCUGGACUGCAGGAAAUCCUCAAGGAACUGCAUGCUCAAGACAAUGAGGAGCUGAAACUACAGCUGCAGGUGUUUGAAGAAUAUGGUGAAGAGGAUUCUGCAGAACUCAGAGGCCGCUUGGAAGACAUUCGAAUAGAAAUGGAUGAUUUCAACGAAAUCUUCCAGAUUCUCCUGAAUACAGUAAAGGAUUCUAAGGCAGAACAACAUUUCCUCUCAAUUUUGCAACACUUCCUGCUAAUCCGCAAUGACUAUGAGGCCAGGCCUCAAUAUUUUAAACUAAUCGAUGAAUGCAUUUCACAGAUAGUUCUGUUCAGGAAUGGGGCUGACCCAGACUUUAAGCGCAAACACUUUGACUUUAAUGUUGAGGCCUUAAUAGAUAAUUUCAUUGAUCAAACUAAGGUGGCAAAAAGUGAAGCUAAAACCCUGGAAUUGGAGAAGAAGCUGGAAUCUGAGUUGACUGCACGUCAUGAAUUACAAGUUGAAAUGAAGAAGAAGGAAAGUGAUUUUGAGGAAAAAAUUCAAAAUUUACUUCAGGAGAAAGAAACAGUGGCAGCUGAGAAACAGCGUAUUACCUCAGAGAAGCAAAACUUAGAAAUUAAUAGCUCUUUGUUGAAUGAUGAGAUUGCUCUUCUGACCAAAGAACUUGAAGAACUUAAGAAGAAAAUGAAGCAUGUCAUUUCAUCUACGGGUUUCCCAUCACAGCAACCAUUACCUACCGGGACAGAAAGUCACCAAAUCCCUUCAUCCCUUUCUUCACAAACUGUUUCCCCUCCACCUGCUCUACCUGAGAUGUCAGGGCCUCCUCCCCCACCUUUGCCUGGGAUGCUGAGAUUACCACCUCCCCCACCCCCUCCCCUACCUCUACCUGGGAUUCCAGGGUUGCCACUUUCCCCACCACCUCUACCUGGGAUACCGGGGUUGUCCCCUCCCCCACCACUUCUACCCGGUAUGCCAGGAUUGCCCCCUCCUCCACCACCUCUGCCCGGUGUGCCAGGGUUGCCCCCUCCCCCACCACCUCUGCCUGGUAUGCCAGGAUUACCCCCUCCCCCACCACCUCUGCCCGGUAUGCCAGGGUUCCCCCCUCCCCCACCACCUCUGCCCGGUAUGCCAGGGUUGCCCCCUCCCCCACCACCUCUGCCUGGUAUGCCAGGAUUACCCCCUCCCCCACCACCUCUACCUGGGAUGUCAGGGCUGCCCCCUCCACAUCAGUUUGGGAUACCAAUGCCGCCACCACCUCCUACUCUAUCUGGUUUUGGAAUUAUGUCAGCCCCAAUUCUUCCAUUUGGAUUGCCUCCCAAGAAGGUUUACAAACCAGAAGUUCAGCUUAGGAGAACUAACUGGUCCAAGAUUACAGUACAGGAAUUAUCUGAAGGCUGUUUCUGGGUGAAAGCUAAGGAGGAUCGUUAUGAGAGUGAUGAUCUUUUUGCCAAGCUAACACUUCGUUUCUCAACUGCACAGACCAAAUCAAAAAAGCAACCUGAGAGUGGAGAGGAAAAGAACCAACCUAAGAAGAAAGUCAAGGAGCUGAGAGUGCUAGAUUCAAAAAAUGCUCAGAACCUUUCAAUUUUUUUGGGCUCCUUUCGUUUGCCUUAUGAGGAAAUCAAGAAUGCCAUCUUGGAGGUGAAUGAAGCUGUGUUGACUGAAUCCAUGGUGCAGAAUCUGAUUAAGUUAAUGCCUGAACCAGACAAAUUAAAGAUGAUCGCAGGACUAAAAGAAGAAUAUAAUGAACUAGCUGAGUCUGAGCAAUUUGGAAUUGUGAUUAGUUCAGUUUCCCGUCUGCUAUCAAGACUCAAUGCUAUACUCUUCAAGCUACAGUUUAAUGAGCAGGUAGAAAACAUAAAGCCAGAUAUUGUUGCUGUUACAGCAGCCUGUGAGGAACUUCGCAAUAGUGAGAACUUUGGUAGUCUUCUCUCCAUUAUCCUCCUUGUGGGCAACUACAUGAAUUCUGGCUCUAUGAAUGCUGGUGCCUUUGGAUUCAACAUUAGUUUUGUUUGCAAGCUUCGUGACACAAAGUCAACUGAUCAGAAGAUGACCUUACUUCACUUCUUGGCAGAAACAUGUGAACUGCAAUAUCCAAAUAUCCUGAAUUUUCCUGAUGAACUCAUCCAUGUGGAGAAAGCUUGUCAAGUUUCUGCUGAAAUUUUGCGGAAAAAUCUGGAUCAGAUGAACAAACAGAUUUCAGAUCUACAGCAUGAUGUUAACAAUUUUCCCAGUAGAACAGAAGAGAAGGACAAAUUUGUGGAGAAAAUGACCAGCUUUGUUAAGGAAGCCCAAGAACAGUAUGAGAAGUUACGAAUGAUGCAUGCAAAUAUGGAAAAUCUUUAUAUGGAAUUAGGACAAUACUUCCUCUUUGACACCAAUAAGAUAUCUAUUGAGGAGUUCUUCACAAAUCUGCGCAAUUUCAAAAAUAUGUUUGUGCAAGCUGUGAAGGAGAAUCAGAAAAGGCGUGAGAUGGAGGAGAAGAUGCGCAGAGCUAAAUUAGCGAAAGAAAAAGCAGAGAAAGAACGUCAGGAAAAGCAAAAGAAGAGAGAACAACUGAUUGAUAUGAAUGCAGAAGGAGAUGAGACAGGAGUUAUGGACAGCCUACUAGAAGCCUUACAGUCAGGUGCAGCCUUCCGUAGAAAAAGAGGACCACGCCAAGGAAACAAAAAUGUUGGCUGUGCAGUCACAUCAUUACUUGCUUCAGAGUUGAUCAAGGAAGAUGCUCUUGGUGCAAAAAAACCACGCAGAGGACUUAAAAAGGAUGAUGAUGUAGAGGUCACUGAAGAAACUCUUGAUGAAACCACUAUGGGGGCAAGCAGUCGUCAAAACUAGAGCUGGGUGACACCUAGGACCAAUGUCUUUGGCAUGAAACCUGUUUUACAAAGGAGUUGAAACAACACUAAGUCACUUUGCAGUUUUCCCUUUCACACUUAUAUACAUGGGAUAAAGAGGCAAAUAAUUUAAUCACUUCAGCCUGUGUCAUUCUAGAGCUGUUUUGCAAGAUCUUUAAAUUUGUGAUCAUAUUCUUUGAAUCUUAAAUUUGCUUUCUUCCUUCUUGUCUCAGUAUCAGAAAUGCAAAGGUUUUUGCUGAUUUAGUAACAUGCUUGGAACAAAUGUGAGAGUUUAUGCCUGUAGUUACCUACUUCCCUGCAGGCAGGAUUGGGAACACAUUCCCAAGAAGAAAAAUAUGGCACAGAAGAGAGGCUAAAGAUCAGAACCUAAUCUGCCCAUGUAUCUCACUGUAUUGAUGUUGCCAAAGCAGGAAUGCAGCAAGCUGCCUUAAUUAUGACUUUUUAAAUGUUUUGAUUGGGCAUCUGCAUCCCAAGAUUUUUUUUCUCAAAAGCCUUUUCUUCAUUAGUGAUAAUAGAAUGAACUGAUCCAUUCAAAUAUAGGAGGGAGGAUUGUUGGAUAUCUUAGCUAGAUUUGUCUUUUUCCCUUGCACUGUGCAUUUUCUUUUCUCACUUGCUUAUCAUAUACUGGGAAAGAAAGUGACUCAGAGAUCAUUUUAUCACUGUGGUGACAGGGUUCUCUGCAAGCGUUGUGAAGAAUUUUUUCUUUGAAUUGAAAUACUUUUACUGUUCUGCUCAGCUGCUCUUCCCCUUUUUAACACAAACUUACUAGUGAAAUGGUAAUAUCAAUGACCUAUUGAGAAAGAAAGUAUGGAUAGUUUGCUGUUGCUGCACUUGCAUGCUUUUGAAGUAAGAUUAAUAAAGUGAUUUACUCAGUCUCAGAAAGGGAUUUUAAGCCCUCUUUAGUUUGAGUGAAAAUGCUCACUGCAACUGCAAAGGAAUGAAGCUGAGAUUGUGUUUCUUCACUGAGAAUCAGUCAUGGAAGACUGAUUAGUAAAAUUAUGCAUACAUUUAAUCUUUUGUGGCAAAGUCCUUUGUAUAGUAUAGCACAUGGUUCCAAAUAUGCCAUGUAAAUUUCACAUAAAUUAAAGCUUGCUUACUUGCUUGCUUUAAUGGGUAAUAUGUAAAUCAAUGUAUGUUAAUUGCUAUAUGGUGGUGGAGGUGGACUGGAGCCCCCUCCCCCCCCGCCUGCCCCCCAAUCCCAUAAGGCCACUUUGACAGUAGAACUAAUUUUUAAUGAAAUUUGUUUAACAACGAACUUCAGUGAAGAUAAAAGAAAAAUAACAAAUAUAUACAUACAAUUAAAAUUGUGUAUUCUCUGGUAUUUCAGGGCAACCAACCACUAUCUGCCAAUAGACUUUCUCCCAUAGCAUGUAGCCAGCAUGUAUGCGUGGCAGAAAGAGAAAUUUAUAACAUUGGCUGAAUAUGAUGGGUCUCAGAUAUAUGUUAUGAACAUCUGAAAACUUCCAGGGCAAAUCAUUGGAUGCAGCCAAUGUACAAUUUUUAAUGAAAUUGAUGCUAUUCACUAGAUAAAAAAAUUAAGAAAUAUAUUUUCAUACAACUUAUCUGGAAUUGCCAAUAGUCACGUGAAUCUACUCGACUCAUUUUUACUUUCCCCCCCCUCACAGAUAUAAUACAUAAUCUCCCAUAUGAGUACUAAAUAGCAUACAGUAUCUGAAAAAUUCUGCAACAAGAAAAAGCAAAUGUACACAUAGAAGUCAUAGAAUCAUAGUGCUGGAAGGUACGUUGGAGGUCUUCUACUGUAGUCCAAUCCCCUGCCCAAGGCAGAAGUCCUUAUACCACCCCAAAUAAAUGAACGUCCAAUCUUUUCUUGCAAACCUCCAGCUUCCAGAACUCCAGAAGGUAAGCGGUUCCAUUGGCUAGUUGUUCUCACUAUCAGGAAAUUUCUUGUUAGUUCCAGGUCAGAUCUUUCUAUAACAAGUUUCCCCCUAAUGCUUUUCAUCCUGCCCUCAGGUGUUUUGGAGAAUAAAUCAACCCUCUCAUCUCUGUGAUUGCCCCUCAAAUCCUGGAAGACAAUGUUGUCAGCCCUAAUCCUUCUCUUUAUUAGGCUAGACAGACCUACUUCCCUUAAUUGUUCAUCAUAUGGUUUAGUCUCCAGACCCCUUAUUGUCUUAUUGUCUUUGUUGCUUUUCUCUACACUCUUUCUAGGAUCGCCAACAGCUUUUUUGUAGCAUGAGAUAGUACUGGACAUAGUAUUCUAAGUGUGAUCAUAGAGUGCCGUAUAACAUGCUACUAUCACUUCCCAUGAUCUUGAUGCUAUCCCUCUGUUGAUGCAACCUAGGACUGCAUUGGGUAUUUUUUGGGGGUGGGGGUGGUAGCUGAAGCACGCUGCUGGUUCAUACUUAAGUGGUAGUCCAUUAGGAGUCCUAGAUCUCUGUCACAGUUAUUAUUUAGCCCAGAACUGCUUAUUCUAUAACUCUGCAAUUGAUUUUUCGUGCCUGAGUGUAAGAUCUUAGUUUUCUCACAACUGAACUGCAUCUUGUUGGAUAAUGCCAGUUUCUCUAAUCUGUCAAGAUCCUUCUGAAUCUUAAGUCUGUCUUUCAAAUUGUUAACAUAAUGAGUUCUCCUUCUAUCCCUUCUUCUAGAUCAUGGGUGUUAGACUCAAGGCCUGUGGACCGGAUCUGGCCCGUGGGGUGCUUAGAUCUGGCCCACAGGGCUGCCCUGGAAACAGUGAGGGACCAGCCCACAGUGCCUCUGCCAGUGAAAACUGAGCUCACGAGGGCUGUGGGUGACCUUCCCGAGCUCCGUUUUCACUGGCAGAGGUUUGCAGGAGGCCGUCCCAGCCAAAAACAGCACUCAGGAACCUGUUUUCACUAGCAGAGUGCUCGGACCACCACAAGCAUCCCCUGACACGAGUAACGUCAAGCUGGCCACGCCCACCCUGGCCCCCCAAGGUCAAACAACCCUGAUGCGGCCCUCAAUUAAAUCGAGUUUGACACUCCUGUUCUAGAUCAUCUAUGAAGAUGUUGAAAAGUACUGGGCCCAAGACAACCUUGAGGUACCCGUCCUCAUGCUUCCUUCCUUGUAGAUGUAGGACCAUUGAGGAUUAUAUACUUGGUGUAUGUGGUCAGCCAAUUGUGAAUUCAUCUGGUGGUGGUACUGUCUAACCCACAUUUUUCUGCCUUACGAAGAAAUAGGCUGUGCUCCACUUUGUCAAAUGCCUUACUGAAGUCCAGUCAUACUAUAUCCACAUCAUUUCCCGAAUCAACUAAUUUACCAUUUUAUUAAAGAAGGCAAUAAGGUUUGUUUGUCAUGAUCUGUUUUUAACAAAUUCAUGCUGGCUUCUAUUAAUCUUCUUGUUCAUUUCUAGGUGCUCACAAAUACACUGCUUAAUGAUCUUUUCUAGGAUUUUCCUGGGUAUUGAUGAUAAGGUGAUUGGUCUGUAAUUUCCUGGUUCCACUUUUUUUCCUUUUUUUGAAAAUUGUAAUAGUGAUAGAGUUGGAAGGGAUCUUGAAGGUCAUCUAGUCCAACCACCUGCUCUCACACGAGAUCUAUACUAUUUUUGAUAGAUGGCUGUCCAAUCUUUUCCUAAAAGCAUCCAGUGUUGGGGAACCCACAAUUUCUGGAAGACUGCUAUUAUGUCACCCCUGAUCCUUCUUUUCACUAGAAUAGGUAUACCCAAAUUCCUAAAAUCAUUCUUCAUGUUUUAGUUUCUAGGCCCCUAACUUUGUUGUUCUUUUCUGAACUCUUUUCAAAGUCUCAACAUCUUUUUUUGUAUUGGGGUGACUAAAACCGGAUGCAGUAUUCUAAGUGUGGUCUUGCCAAGGCUUUGUAGAGCAGUACUGGUAGUUCACGUGAUCUUGAUUCUAUUCCUCUAUUAAUGCAACCUAGGAUCAGACCCACAUCAGCUCUUUUCCAGUCCUCUAGUAGAUCCCCUGUGCUCCAGGACCUUUGAAAGAUUUUAUUCAGUGGUUCUGCGAUCCUGUCUGCCAGUUCCUUCAGUAUCCUGGCAUGUAAUCCAUCUGGUCUGGGUAAUCUCAUCUUAUCUAGAGUUGAUAGCAGGGGUGAAAUGCUCCUGAUUCGGACCAGAUCGCCCGAUCCAGUAGCGAUGGAAGGCGGGUGGUUCGGAAAACUGGUAGCAAAAAUCCCUGCCCCCCCCAUGCCCAGCUGAGCCAUCAGAGGCUUUUUUUUUUUUACUUUUAAAAGCAUUUUUUCUGCAACCUCUUCGGCGGAAAAAAUGCUUUUAAAAGUAAAAAAAAAACCUCUGAUGAUCACACGGCUCAGCUGGGAUCAUCAAAGGCUUUUAAAAGAAAAAAAGGGUUUUUUUUCUUUUAAAUGCCUCUGCCGAUCCCAGCUGAGUUGCCUGAUCGGCAGAGACUUUUUUUCUUUUAAAUGCCUGUAACGAUCAGGCAACUCAGCUUGAAUCAUCAGAGGCAUUUAAAAGAAAAAAAGUCUCUGCCAAUCAGGCAACUCAGCUGGGAUCGUCAGAGCCUUUUGAAAGCAUUUUUUACAUGGUUUUUACUUUUAAAUGGUUUUAAAAGAAAAAAAUAAUAAUUGGCCACGCCCACCCAGUCACAUUACCCCCCCACCAAGCCACGCCCACAGAACCGGUAGUAACAAAUUUUAGAUUUCAUCCCUGGUUGAUAGGUCUUCUCUUACCAAUUCCUUGCCUACCUUGACCUAUAUUCCUGUUCUGUCUCCUAUGGUGCUUCUUUUGAUAGGUUGGACUAUUUUUGAUAGGUUGGAUUAUUUAUUAUUUACCAUCUCCCAUCAGUGGACCUAUCAUUUCCUUGCCUUGCUUCUUAUUCCUUACAUACUGAAAGAAACUUUUUUUGGCAUUUUUGGCAUUUUUUUGCAUGUCUUAGUUCCUUGGUUCACCUUCCUAUCACUUCAUCAAGAAAUAUCACUCAAGUAUUACCUUUUCUGCCUCACAUUUUCAAGAAUAUGCUGUUUAUUUUAGAAUGGCCAUGAAUCACAUACAUAUAUUUCUUUUUCAUAAAUACCCAGCUCCCUGUUCAACCACAGCAGGUUUAAUGGCAUUUUCAAGUUACUUUUGGUUUGGAGAGUAAGGACGGUAGUAAUGUCAUUUCCUCCCACCCCCCAAAUUAAUAUGCUGCCUCAUGAAAGAAAAUAAAUGACUGCAUUUAGGGAAAUGACUAUGGAACAAAAUACUUCUGCUGAACUCCCUUUGGCAAAUACCAAACUUGUUCUCUAUUUCUCAAAUGCAGUCUUCAUGUUCUUCCCUAAAUAAUUGUUAGGGAAUUGUCAGUCCUAUAAAAUGGAUAAAAAGCAAUGGGUGGAAGCUUGUCAGAGGGAGAUCCAGCCUGGAAAUGAGGAAUUUCCUGAUUGUAAAAACAAUGAAUUAGACAGCUUCACUCUCAAAGGUGGGGGUGCUCCAUCCCUGGAGGUUUCCAAGAAAAGAUUGGACUGUCAUCUGUCCAGGGUAGACUCAUAGGGGUGCUCUUGCCUUGGGCAGGGGUUGGACGAGAAUAUCCCUUCCAGCCCUAUGAUUCUAUGAUUUUAUGAAAAAAAUGUGUACUAUAUUUGAGGAUCCUUGCUGAGUAAAAUUGGACUACUGCAUAUGACAGCUGGCAGAAAGUCAGAGCUUUUUCUUCCAUAGCAAUAGUAAUAGCUCUUAGACUUUUAUACCACUUCACAGUGCUUUACAUUCCUCUCUGAGCAGUUUACAGAGCCAGCAUAUUGUCCCCAACAAUCUGGGUCCUCAUUUUACCCACCUCGGAAGGGUGGCAGGCUGAGUCAACCUUGAGCAUGGAACUGCCAAACUACAGGCAGUCAGCAGAAGUAGCUUGCAGUACAGCAUUCUAACUACUGCGUCACCAUGGCUCAUAUAAAUGAAUAGCUUUAACUGUUACUCAGGCACACAUAAUAGCUGAUUUAAAAGCCAAUGACUGAAUCAGGCUACAGAUUGCUUCCAUUCCCCUCCCAUUACUAACAAACUUGUUAUUUAUAUGUUAAAUAACCAGUGGUGAAAGUCAAAGUUUUUCCCAGAAGUUGUGAAUGCUCCAACACCGGAAAUUUUAAGAAGAUGGCUUCACAUGGUGUGUUUCCAUGCCGCCAUUCAUUGUCUUCUUGAAGAAUAAAAGGAUACAUUCACUUCUAUGGAAGAAAAUGCUUUGUAGUAUUGGGGAUCACAUUUUGAGCAAUCAAAAUUCCUUCAUGGCCUAUACAUAAAUGUUUUAUCACAUUUGAGGCAAGUCUGAUCUUUCUACAUAUAACCUUAUUUUUCUGGCCUAAGAAUUCAUUUUUUUAUUUCAGAAGAUGGUUUUUGUUGUUAGUUGCGAAGUCGUGUCCGACUCUUUGCGACCCCAUGGACAACGUUCCUCCAGGCCUUCCUGUCCUCUACUAUCCUCUGGAGUCCAUUUAAGCUCACGCCGACUGCUUCAGUGACUCCAUCCAGCCAGUUCUCUGUCGUCCCCUUCUUCUUUUGCCCUCAAUCUUUCCCAGCAUUAGGCUCUUCUCCAGUGAGUCCUUCCUUCUCAUUAGGUGGCCAAAAUAUUUGAGUUUCAUCUUCAGAAUCUGGCCUUCUAAAGAGCAGUCAGGAUUGAUCUCUAGGACUGACUGGUUUGAUCGCAUUGCAGUCCAAGGGACUCGCAGGAGUCUUCUCCAGCACCAUAGUUCAAAGGCCUCAAUUCUUUGGUGCUCAGCCUUUCUUAUGGUCCAACUUUCACAGCCAUACAUUGCAACUGGGAAAACCAUAGCCUUGACUAUACGCACUUUUGUUGGCAGGGUGAUUUCUCUGCUUUUUAGUAUGCUGUCUAGAUUUGCCAUAGCUUUCCUCCUAAGGAGCAAGCAUCUUUUUAUUUCUUGGCUACACUCUCCAUCUGCGGUGAUCUUGGGGCCCGGAAAAUAAAAUCUGUCACUACCUCCAUUUUUUCCCCAUCUAUUUACCAGGAUCAGAAGGUGGUACAUCGUGUUAAAAAAACAACCCUCCCCCCCUCCCAAUCCUCACACUGAAAUGCAAGCAUUUGACCAUGGCAUUUCACCCUGAGUUGGUACAGCAAGGGCCUUUCACCCACAAUAAGAUGAUACUAAAUGGGUGGGAUUCAAGCAGUUUGGUUGAAAAAGCUUUAUCAUCAGUCUGCAUGAUGUUCUGCUCCCUGGAGUUAAUCUUCUAACUGUUCUGCUCCCUGGAGUUAAUCUUCUAAAUACUGAAUAUCAGUGACUGGGAGAGGGGGGAUUUGUCUGUUAACCACUUUGUUACGUUUCCGCAUGUAUUUAAUUCCCCACUCUCUUCAUGGGUCAAGAUUUAGCUUUCUGAUAGUUCUCAGGGAAAAGCAAAGCAAUAAGAUAAUUUCUAGUGUGUAAAAAUAAUUUGUUGCAAAUUGCCAGUCAGAAAAAAGAUUUAAUAGAAUAUUUUCUGCUACAGAUUGGAAAAUAGAUUUAAGCUCUUUAAAUAAUUUCACCAUGUUUGGGGGAAGUGUUAUACAUCUUACUUCCAAAGCUUAUGAUGUGCCACUGGGAAGUUUGCAAAUCUUUUUUAUUUUAGUUUAUUAUUUUUCAUAAAAUAAAAAUAAGUCUUAUUUCA